GCUUGUUUGUAUCGAUACACAUCAGUUCGGAGAUAGACAGAGCUCCUUACACAGUGCUACCAGUCGUUUUCGAUGCCCGCCAAAUAGAAUACCUACGCUUAACCUGAAGCAAAAUCAUCUAGAAAGAAGGAAGCAUCGCACGACACCAGAAGCGCAUCAUGGAGUUCGAGGCCGACGAGAUUCUGGGAGAGACUUUCUCCCUGAGCGAGUUGUGUUGCGACGCGGCGAGCCUUGUUGGUCUUGCUGCCCAACUGCAGGGGGAACAAGCAGGAGCGACUGACGACCUGCGCCAGCGUUUAGGCGCAAGUGCGGCUGAUUUGCGACAGUUGCUGGGGUUAGACACGGACGGCAAAAAUCAAAUGGACUUUUUGAGACAGUUAGUAGCAGCCCAGAAAACGGGCACAUUUGCGGAGUCCGACGCAUUGAAAGCGAGGCAGUUCACAAAACAACUUCUCGGGGAAGGUGAAAAUUCCGCCGCCAAAGUUGCCGCUGGCGAUCAACGUGUCGCCAUUACGGGACCCACACAGCUUGUUCCAAAUCCGCAGUGUGCGUUGCUGAAAUUUUUUCGCGAAAAAACUGCGACGCCGCAAUCAACGCGGAGAGCGCAGGAGCGUUGGACAGUGGACAACUUCGGCAGGCCGAGCAGCGAGGGUGAGCCGCCAUCGACGAAAAGCCGCAGCACAGAAACCAGCACGAACAGCGAGGAGGGAUUGCAGCUCUCAUCUUCAGGUACCACCGCCUCGAACGUUGUUGUGCAAGAAGACGACGAAAAUGUGGACGCGCAUUUAGCCUCUCUAGGUUUCGAUGCCUCGUCCCCCAGCUGCUCUGAUUCAUCGCCGGUCAAGGCAGUGGCAAGGACGACCGACAGAGAGGAAAUGGUGCCGACGGCGAAAACAGAAGUUGACGUCGUGGGGCACCAGCCGCAGCAAACAACGAACUCCAGUCUUCCGGACGGAGUUGAAAGUAUGCAAAAUCAAACCAAACCUGUCCACCCUUACGCGGACGUGAUAUCUCAGAUGCGUGCAGCGGCCCACUGGCCGAGGCUGGAGGACAUAGCAGCCGAAUUACAGAAGUACGAGGCCGGGGAGUACAACUUCAAACCCGCCCGGAUGCGAAACAUCUUCGGCGCGAACACGGCCCCCGCACAAGCCAUGUCGAAACUCGAUGCGUACUUCACGGUUCCGAACGUGAAUGCGCGAGUAAGCACAACAGGGGACAACUUGUCUGACAAGAACAAAGCCGCCUGCUACGAAACGCCGACCGACCUCGUGCUGGUUCGCACCGUCGCGGACCUGCAGCAGAUGAUCGCGGAUCUGGCCACGGAGGAUUUCGUCGCGAUCGACAUUGAGCACCACUCCGCGCACUCGUUUCGCGGAUUUUGCUGCUUGCUGCAGCUGUCUUCGAAAUCCACCGACUACAUCGUCGAUUUGAUCCCGCCACCGAGCCAGCUGGAAACUGUCGCCGAUUUCCGCGCGGCGGUCACUCUGCUCAACAAAAUUACGGCAAAUCCGGCGAUCGUUAAGGUACUUUUCCGUGAACAAAAGUUCGUGAUUGAUUUGUUGUGCUCUGCUGGAAGACCAACAAGAUGUCGAACAACUGUGCUGCGCAGUCGAAGUAGAGUCGUACACCUCCUGCAAAAAUCGAGAAUGAGAUGUAGAUUCGCGCUAAAGUCAGGCAACGCAACGCAGCGGCUCCUGCCAGGAAUUGUUUUUUGUUUUGUCGAACGAAAAUUUAAAUUUUUGUUUUCUCUUCCAACUACAGGUCUUCCACGGAGCCGAUCACGAUGUGAUCUGGUUGCAACGCGACUUCGGGGUUUACCUUGUGAACCUGUUCGAUACCGGGCAAGCCACCCGAGUCUUGCGCUACCCCGGCGGCUUCGGGCUGGCAAAUUUGUACAAGACGGAGCUGAACUUUCUGCCCGACAAGAGUCUCCAGCUGGCGGACUGGCGAAAGCGACCCUUGGAGGCGCACUGCGUCAACUACGCACGGAGCGACACGCAUUUCUUGCUCUACGUGUGGAUGAAGCUGAUGGUGCAGCUUUACGCGCAGGAGGACGGGAACGCGAACACAGCACCAGCACAAAGCGGUUCCUACGGCAGUUCUGCGCUCAGUUGCUUCAAUAGCGGAAAAAAUGCAGCGGCGACGACCAGCAAAAUGAAUCAGGCCGCUUCUGUCACGACCGCGGUAAGAGAAUGCUUUGAAAAGUCGCAGAAAGUCGCACUGCAGGUGUACCGAGUGAAGAACCCGUUUCCGCUGCCGAGAUCGUACCUGAAGAUGGAGGCUUCGAAGAUCACGUCGAAGCACAAGCUCCCGCGGAAUCACGGAUACUGGCAUUUCGUUCAGUUCGGCCGGCUGGAGAACAUUCUCGAGUGGCGCGAUUGUGUUGCGCGGGUCGUUGACGAGUCCGAAUUCCAAAUUUUGCCGCCGCACGCCUGCUGCCAACUCGCCCUGCUGCCGCUGGAGGACGAUCCGAGUGGCGCAGUCCCGCGGGAGCGAGGUUUGGAGUACUUUGCGAAGAACGUAUCGGUCGCGCAUUUGAAGGAGCAGGUACGCCAGGUGGUGUACAGAAACAUGAGUCGCAUGGAGCCGGCGGAGCGGGAUUUGACCCUCAGUGAGGUGGACACACUGUUUGCGGUUUGGCGCCUCGGCACGGUGGCCGAUCGGGAACAGCGGGCUCUUGAGAUGGCAAAGCUGUUGGAAGAAAAGUAUUUAAAGAGAGAAAUUGAAAUGAUCGUUGGAGUUGCUCAGAAAAUCGCAGACGAGAUGAACGACACCAACUCCAAGGAGCCUGUUUGUAUUCCGCCUGUGGCUGUCGCUGCGGAUCCGAAUGCAAGCGCCCUUGAUGCCGCCGAAGAACCGGUAGUCCCGCAAAACACGGCCGCGGACGGGAACAGCGAUGUUGGGGAAAGUCGCAAGCGACAGGCUGCGGCCACUUCUAGUGACAUGGGGGCUUCGGAAAGUACGGGUAAGAAUGGACCUUCAGCACUGCAGAAUACGAGUGGCAUCGUCUGGCUAAAACCCGUGGCCGAUCCGGCUAUUGUACAAGCAGCGCAUGCAGUUUCCGAGUCAGUGCUUGCAGGAUCCAAACGCAGAAAGUUCGGCGCCCCCACCUCCAAAGUUGCGGACUUUUUUCAAGCGGUCACAGCAGCUGUGAGCAAACAACGGGGUCACAGCGCUGUGCUUCAGUUAAUCGACGACAGUUCCGAUGAGGAUGCCUCAUCGACAGAAGGCGAAAACGACGGCACAGAAACAAAACGAGUGCGAUCCGACCAGCUUGGUUUGCAAAUGGCGCAGCUAAGUAGAAACAAACCCGCACCUGUGCAAGCAAGUUGUACCGGAGAAGAUCGAUUUCUGAAAGUUGUUGCACCUCCACCUCCACCAACAAAGGCCGAGACUGAAGAGGAGAAAGCAAUCGCCGCAGGCUCAUCGACAACCGUUGUUCUGCGAGGCGACAAUGCCCCCGGUGCGAGCGGGACCGGGCGGAGACGAAAGAAGCACAAAAACCUGCUGCCUGCUAACGGCGAAACGACCGUGGCCGCAACGGAUCUGCCUGCUGUUGAAGAAAAACAAAUCGCCGGUGUCCCGAAUUUAGGGUUUUCGUCUCUCGACGACACAACCGGACAGGCGGCAGCUGCGGCGCUCGGCGCGUCUUCUAAGAAAAAGUCAAAAAAAGCAGUGAGAAAGGAAGCGAAAAAUAACGAAGCUGCUAAUAGGCCUCAGCAGUUUCAUGCUGGUGGAGGUGCUGCUGCAUUUCAGCCGGAUCGAUUGCUUGUGCGUUCCAAGAAGGAUGGCAGGACCAGGAGCAAGGGCAAAGGCAAAGGGAAAAAAGGAGGUCAGGUUGAAGAGUCGGGCUUUCGACAGAAGAACAAGUGAGAAGCAUAUGUAUACGUUCUCGCUGUAAAACAUAAACAUGCACGAGCGCGACAAGGACAUAUUUGAAACUCAGAACUCAUUUACAU